GCGUCUGGGGCUUGGCAGCCAUUUGCGGAUUUUACGGACAGUCAUCGACGCGAGGCGAGCGCGGCGACCUCGGGAACUCGACGAGCCUGCGCAGCCGUGCGCGCGGUGGCAGCGCCCGGGCAGAGGGAGGAGGUGGCAGGAUGGACUCGGCAGGGACGUCGUCGCGGCGGGAGCCGGGCCGGAGCCCGGCGCUGCGCUCAGAAGGGGCCGCGAGGGGCCGCGCGAGAGCGCGCGACCAGGCCGAAGAGCAGGCGGGCCCCGCGGCUGGGGAACGGUUUCCGCCCGGAGCGCUGAACGGCGAACAGGAAGUGAGGGAGGAAGUGCAGCGAGCGCCUCAGCCCGCCAAGUCCGAACCCUCUGACGGGAUUCCUGCAGAGAUCAGUGCUAUGUUCUAGUGCCACGUGCUGGCGUCACUCACCUUGAGUGCCUGGGACCCUGAGGUGUUCAGAGGGGAUUUGUCUCAGACCCAGACAGCUUGCAUCUUAGCCAACCCCAGUGCCAUCCUGAGGACAGGCCGAUAUGCCCAAGGUAGUCCUGAAUGGUGUGACGGUGGAUUUCCCCUUCCAGCCAUACCAGUGCCAACAAGAGUACAUGAGCAAGGUCUUGGAAUGUCUGCAGAAGAAAGUGAAUGGCAUCCUGGAGAGCCCCACAGGCACAGGGAAGACUCUUUGCCUGCUCUGCACCACACUAGCCUGGCGGGAACACCUUCGGGAUACCAUCUCUGCCCGCAAGAUCGCUGAGAGGGUGCAAGGGGAGUUAUUCCUCGGUCAGGACUUGUCGUCCUGGGGGAACAGCAUUGCUGCCGAUGGAGACCCCAUAGCUUGUUAUUCGGACAUCCCGAAGAUCAUCUAUGCCUCCAGAACCCACUCGCAGCUCACGCAGGUCAUUGGGGAGCUUCGGAACACCUCCUACCGGCCCAGGGUAUGUGUACUGGGCUCCCGGGAGCAGCUGUGCAUCCACCCUGAGGUGAAGAAGCAGGAGAGUAACCACAUACAGAUCCACUUGUGCCGCAAGAAGGUGACCAGUCGCUCCUGUCUUUUUUAUAACAAUGUGGAUGAGAAAAGCCUGGAGCAGGAGCUGGCCAUCCCCAUCCUGGACAUUGAGGACCUGGUCAAAAGUGGGAGUAAGCACAAAGUGUGCCCGUACUACCUUUCUCGGAACCUGAAGCAGCAAGCAGACAUCAUCUUCAUGCCAUACAAUUACCUGUUGGAUGCCAAGAGUCGCAGGGCACAUGGCGUUGACCUGAAGGGGGCCGUGGUGAUUUUUGAUGAAGCACACAAUGUGGAGAAGAUGUGUGAGGAGUCAUCCUCCUUUGACCUGACCCCCCAUGACAUGGCUUCGGGUUUGGAUGCCAUUGACCAAGUCCUGGAGGAGCAGACCAGGAUGGUGCAGCAGGGUGAGCUCGGCCUGGAGUUCAGUGCAGACCCCACUGGCACAGGGCUACACAUGGAGCUGCAGGACAUCGCCAAGCUCAAGAUGAUCCUGCUUCGCCUGGAGGGCGCCAUCGAUGCUAUCCAGCUGCCUGGAGAUGACAGUGGCAUUACCAAGCCUGGGAGUUACAUCUUUGAGCUGUUUGCUGAAGCCCAGAUAACAUUUCAGACCAAGGGCUGCAUCCUGGACUCGCUGGACCAGAUCAUCCAGCACCUGGCAGGACGUGCGGGAGUGCUGGCCAACACCGUGGGAUUGCAGAAGCUGGCAGACAUCAUCCAGGCCCCUGGCCCUGUGCUGGACUUCCUUGCUUUUCAGGUUGUGUUCAGUGUGGACUCUGCAGAGGGCAACCCUGGUUCCGUGCCGUGGCCUGGGGUCUCACAGGCCUACAAGGUGCACAUUCACCCUGACACAGGACAUGGGAGGGCAGCUCAGCGGUCAGUCAGCUGGAGUGCCAGCACAUCCAGAAAGCAAGGGAAGGUGCUGAGCUACUGGUGCUUCAGUCCUGGCCACAGCAUGAGGGAGCUGAUCCGCCAGGGUGUCCACACCCUCAUUCUCACCAGUGGCACACUGGCCCCGCUGUCCUCCUUCACGCUGGAGAUGCAGAUUCCCUUCCCAGUCCGCCUGGAGAACCCACAUGUCAUCGACAAGCACCAGCUCUGGGUGGGGGUUAUUCCCAAGGGUCCCGAUGGAGCCCAGCUGAGCUCUGCAUUUGAUAAACGGUUUUCUGAGGAGUGCCUGUCAUCCCUGGGUAAGGCUCUGGGAAACAUUGCCCGCGUGGUACCCCAUGGGCUCCUGGUCUUCUUCCCAUCCUACCCUGUCAUGGAGAAAAGCCUGGAGUUCUGGCAGGCCCGAGACUUGGCCAGGAAGAUGGAGGGACUCAAGCCAGUGUUUGUGGAGCCCAGAAGAAAAGGCAGCUUCUCGGAGGUCAUUGAUGCUUACUACAAGCAGGUCGCCUCCCCAGGGUCCAGCGGGGCCACCUUCCUUGCAGUGUGCCGGGGCAAGGCCAGCGAGGGGCUGGAUUUCUCAGACAGCAACGGCCGAGGUGUGGUUGUCACGGGCCUCCCAUACCCCCCGCGCAUGGACCCCCGGGUUGUCCUCAAGAUGCAGUUCCUGGAUGAGAUGAGGAGCCAGAGUGGGGCUGGAGGCCAGUUCCUCUCUGGGCAGGAGUGGUACCGGCAGCAGGCAUCCAGGGCUGUGAACCAGGCCAUUGGACGGGUCAUCAGGCACCGCCAGGACUACGGGGCUGUCUUCCUGUGUGACCAUAGGUUCGCCUAUGCCGACGCCAGAGCCCAGCUGCCCUCCUGGGUGCGCCCCUACCUCAAGGUGUACAACAGCUUUGGCCACGUCAUUCGGGAUGUGGCGCAGUUCUUCCGUGUCGCUCAGAAAACUAUGCCUGCACCUGCCCCACUGGCUGCAGCCCCAAGUGUGGGUCGGGAAGAAGCUGCUGUCUCCAUGGCCAAGUUGCCCAGCACCCUCCUCUCUACUAGGAAAGCCACAAGUCUGGAUGUGCAUGUGCCCAGCCUGAGGCCCAGGCCAACAGGAUCGCCAUCCCCGGGGAGCCCUGAGAAGAGCUGGUGUGUGGAGUACGAGCAGGAGCCUGUCCCUGCCCAGCAGAGGCCCUCAGGCCUGCUGGCUGCCCUGGAGCACAGUGAGCAGAGGGCUGAGGCACUUCCAGAUGUGGUCCACCCCAGGGAGGAAGAGGCACUCGGUUACACUGCCGUAGCCCUCCAGCGAAAGAAGAGGCUGGCUGACCUGCAGAGAGGAGGAAGGAGGAAGAUCCGGCUGGUCAGCCCGCAGGAGCCAGCAGCUGCUGUGCAGGCGGGCAGAGCCAAGUUGUUCAUGGUGGCUGUGAAGCAGGCCCUGAGUCAAGCCAGCUUCGACACCUUCACCCAGGCCCUGCAGGACUACAAGGGCUCUGAUGACUUCGAAACCCUGGCAGCCUGCCUCGGGAGACUCUUUGCUGAGGACCCCAGAAAGCACACCCUGCUCCAAGGGUUUUACCAGUUUGUGCGGCCCCACCACAAACAGCAGUUUGAAGACAUCUGCUUCCAGCUGACAGGUCGAAGCUGCAACCGUCAGCCAGAGCACAGCCUCUCCCACGGGCAGCAUGCUCAGCCAGCCCAGGACCACAGCGGAAAGAGGGAGUCUAAUCCCAAGUUGACCCUGUCUGAGGGCAUGUCCAUGCAGCUGGAUUCUGGAGAGCACCUGAACCAGGGUGGGCCCCACCUGUCCACCAGGCUGCCCCCUGCAGGAGCCCUGGGCAGCUGUCCACAAGUAGAGUCCAGAGAGGAACAGUGGGGCCAGCCUGCUGUGAGUGCCUACCUGGCAGAUGCCCGCAAGGCCUUGGGGUAUGCCAGCUACAGCCAGCUCCUGGCAGCACUGAAGGCAUAUAAACGCAACGACGACCUCAACCAGGUUCUGGCUGUGCUAGCGGCACUGACCACCUCAAAGCCCGAGGACUUCCCCCUGCUGCAGAGGUUCAGCAUGUUCGUGCGUCCCCACCACAAGCAGCAGUUCACACAGACCUGUGCAGAGCUGAUGGGCCUGCCCACCACAGUGGCACUGCCGAGUCCUCAGGAGCACCCCCAGCUCACCCCUAGAGCUUCCCAACCAGAUCCCCCACCGUCGGAGAAACCGGGGAAGACCCAGAGCAAGAUUUCUUCUUUCCUUAGACAGAGGCCAGCAGGAAGUACAGAGCCCAAAGGCACUGCCACAGAACACAGCCAGCUCACCAAGCCCGAUGGGCAUGCAAACCCUGGGUGGGAUAUGCUGUAGGGGCUGCAGGGCAGAGAACACGGUGGCCUUCCAGAGCCACUCCUGUGAUUUCUGCUGCUGGCAAUAGCACAUCCUGGUUGGUGUCUGGCCCUCUCUGGUCCCUGCCAGGCGUCACCCCAGGUGGUGGGCUGAGUGGGAUGAGGGUAAGCCCUUAACUAGGCUGCAGUGCUCAGCAGGCACGCCAGCAGGCUGGUGUCUCCACAGGCCUCUAGGAGGCGUCCUGCCUGUCAUGCUGCCACCAGGAAGCAACACAUCACACAUUUUUCAGUGAACCUGUGUGGAGACCCUUGCACCCUGCUGUGGUCCCCACACUGGUUGUGGUCCAGCUGUGGUGUUGGCCAGGAGUCACCCUCCUCCCUGAAGCUCUCCCCUGCAGACUGCCAGCUGUGUGCAAAUAAAACUGCUGGCAGUGGCCAGUUGUCCGUGUGACCUGGCUCAGUAGGGGGAUCUGACGAUGCACUGAAGAUUUUGGUAGCAGAGAAGAUACCCUUGGCACCGUUAGAGAAGACCUGCACCCUGAGUGUGCACGUUGGGUCAGGUGCCAGAGCCCUGCAGGAAGUCCUUUUUGGGCAGCCCCCUAAUAUCCUACCAACCACACCUUGGCGCUCCACCCAGGAGGGUUCCUGCCCUGCAUAGCACAAGGACAGUGGCUAUGUGGAAGUGGGCAUUCCCACGGGAUGUGAGCAGGCUAGCCUGUGUUUGGGGGUGUGAACUGAGUAAUGUCCAGUGUCCAAAAUGUCCACUCCAGCCAGGACUGUGAGGGCACUUGAGAGGCCAGUCCAGUUGCUCCAGAGCUGGAGUGCAUGGGACCACCCACUACCCGUAGCUGACAUGGCGCAGUGCCUACACCUACCCACUUCACGUAGCCAGUGUGAGAAGUGCUUGCCUGGCUGUCACACAGAUGCACCUCGCACUGUGCCCUGACUCCUGGCGCAUUCCAGCUGCCAGGAGCAUGCACCAUGGGGUAGGAUCACGAGAAACUAUCUUUGCCCUGGUCCCCCCAUGGGAGCAUGCAGUGACAGCUGCUUAGCUUCAGAGUAGUGCUAGCCUGACUCCAGGCCCUGCCCUGUGCACCAGCUACACCCUCUCUUUCAUAGCGCUGGGGACCCCGAGUUCCCACCAAGGUUCUCUCCAGGGUGGCAGAAGGCUAGGAUCACCUGAGGAGUCCAUGGAGAGUCUUGGCCACGAGUUUCCUGCCCUUGGGAGAGGCCACUGCCCAGGUUUCUGAGAUGCAGAUGCCAACCUUAGUCUUACCACACCUCAUGCCUGAACUUCCCUCAUCCCUCCCAGUUACUCCUGUAGAUGCAGGGCCUUGCACUGGCUGCUCUGGACUCUGCAGCAGGUUACUUUUGUGUGUGUGUGUGGUGCUGGGGAUUGAACCCAGGGCCUGUGCUUGCCUUGCAAGCACUCUACCAACUUGAACUAUCUCCCCAACCCAGCAGUUUACUUUUGGUCUGUGAAAUUGGUGGCCCAUGUGCCCAUGUGGCAUGGCCUUGCAGUCAGUGCUGCAGCUGACAUGGCACGGCCCACCCCAACAGUGCCUUAUUUAUGCUAUGAUACAUACCUUCACCCUGCCUCUGGACCUGUGUGCACACCCCCAACUGCACCAAAGGAAACUUCUUCAAGGUUUAUUUUAUAAAGCCAUUUUGUAAGA